AUGAGGUCCCCGGACGCGGGCGACGUCCUCCUGCCGGCGCUGACGCCGAUCAGGACGAGGGCGGCGGUGGCAGAGCCUGGGACUGCCCCGGAGCACGCGUCGUCGGCCUUGCUUUCUACACCGCCGGAAGCGGAGGAGGAGGUGUUGGUGGCGGAGUCCAGGGCGCCGACGGCGGCGGCGGACGAGGAGGAGUCGGAGCCGCGGACGCCGACGUCGGAGGAGAGCAAGCUGCGGCCGCCGACCGAGUGCCCUCCCGCGCCGAGGAAGCCGACGGCUUUGUUCCGGACGAGUCCACCCCUGAAGCGGCCGCUGCUGUACUUCGACGUCACGCGCGACCUCUCCGCCGUGUUCAUGUCGCUGCCGCCCAAGAAGCGGAUCCGCGCACCGCCGUGCUUGGUCCCUUGCCGCCCAAGGUGCGGGCCCGCGCGGGGCGAUGGAUCGCUGCUGUAG